CUGGUGAAGAAGCUGGGAAGCUGUUAAGACUCUCAGAUGGAGAACGAUAUCACACUCCUGUAAGCUGAACUGCACAGCUGAAAUACCAGGGGCCAGUUUCUAGAGUUUCUCAUUCAUGGUAUAAAAAGAAGAUAACAAGCCUGUGAACAAGAUGGCAACAUUCACCAUUGCAAAAUCAUCUCCCAACAAAAGUGAUGUCAAGAAUGCUUCUCUUGCAAUGAAGAGCAGACAGCAAGUUAUUAAUGAGGUCAACAAGCGAAGGACACUCUUGCAAGAUAACAGCUGGAUAAAAAAGCAACCAGAAGAGGAAACUGUUGAUGAAAACUAUGGAAGAGCUGUCCUUAACCAGUACAAGUCACAAGACAGCUUGCACAGGAAUGCUGGUGAAAAGGAAGAUCAGAAAGCUUUGCUUAGCCGGUAUAGAUCGGAUACUACUUUAGAUAGAAUUUCUGACAGGAAUAAUGUGGACAAAACCAAUAAGCUUCCCACCUUGGAUAGCAGACAAAAUAAUGGCAAAGAACUUGUCGUAUCUGGGAACAUGGACAGUGCCACAUCUCCUGUGAAGAAGAAAAGGCAAUCAUGGAUGCCUCCCCCAGUCCCAGGCCAGAAGCCCACCGCUGACUAUAUGGAACAGAAUAAAAGGCAAUCCUGUCCUCCACACAAUACAGCUGCAGCAGUCAUCAUAAACGAUAUUAAACUAGUGCCCUCUACUUCAGACAAACCAGGAGGGCCAAAGAUGACCGUAUCCUCAUCAGACCCCAUGACAUCUCCAAAGCCAAAUAAUGUGAACGACCAACUCAGAACGAGGCAAGUGUCUCCCACAAAACCCAGUGGAUCUCAUGUUGACAGAAACACUACUACAGAGACGACUAGAAGAAGUCAAGACCUGGACAAUCUCAUCCAAGUCAAUGCUGCAGGAGAUAAAAGUGAAAAAAGAAACCUGAAUGAGCUGAUCAAAGUGAAACCUUCAUCGAAUGGACAUAGCAAAGGAAGCCAGGACCUGGACAAUCUCAUCCAAGGCAAGCCUGCAGAUGCCAAUAGUCAAAGGGGAGACUUGGAUGACCUCAUCAAAGCGAAACCUGCAUCUAACGGAUGUCACAAGGGAACCCUCGAUGAUCUCAUCAAAGUGAAUCCUUCACCCAACGGAUAUAACAAAGGGGGACAAGAUCUCGAUGACUUCAUUGAUGUAAAUAACACUGCACCACAAAACAAAAGAAGCCAACAACUUGAUGAUCUCAUUGUAAUCAAAUCAUCUACUGUGGAUCAAAAUAAAAAGUGGACUCUCGAACAAGACUGUGAAUCUGUCAGUGUCCCAGACAAACAGGUGGACACAAACCAUUCAUACCAGGUUACACGAGGAUCCAGCUAUAAUGCCUCAAGCGGUUGCUAUCAUCCAAAGGAAACUAUUGUGUACACAAGAACAUAUGAGAAUAGCAAAUUUCCCUGUGAUGCUUAUGAAGACAACGUCCAUGGAAAAUCCAUUCAAACUGUUUACUCAACUUCUGACAGGGCCGUUAUUGAAAAGGAAAUGUGCACCUACUGCCGGAAGCCCUUGGGCACAGACACCAAGAUGAUCCUUGAUGCCUUGCAGAUCUGCUGUCAUGCAACUUGCUUCCAGUGCGAAGUCUGCAAAGGCCCUCUGGAAAACCUGAAGGCAGGAGACAGUAUUUGGAUUCACAAGAACACAGUGCAUUGUGAGCCCUGCUAUUCUAAAGUUAAAGCAUCAUGGAUCUACUAAUUUUGACUUAUUUGGUUUGGUGUAAUCUCUUAUGAUUAGCUACGUGCAUUUAUCUUUGAAAAUCAUACACUUUCCGGGAGGGGAUAACUGAUGUAUCCUACAAGCAAAAACUGUAGACGCUUGUAGAGAAGGAAAAAAUGAAAUUAUAUCAAAAUUUUAAAAGAUAAGAAAAUAUAUGGUGGCACUGUGUAAGAAGAUAUCUGCAGUCUCUGCAAGAAGAAGAUGUCUUAAGUGUAUUCUAAGAAGAUACCUGAUUAGCUCUGAAGAAUUUGUAUUCUGUUUUCUAUUCAUUCGAGGAUGGUUCAUACUUACAUGAUGGCUGUCACGUGGAACCGGUGCUUUUCAGAGGAGAACAGUUCAUCCUUUCUUCCGCCACACUAUAUACCAGAUCCCUUUAAGAGCUCUCCUUCACACUGUGGCUGCUUAACAGGGAGUGCUAGCGGCAGUCCAGUUGCUAGAGAGGUGGUGAAACAAAGCUCUCUGCUUCUCCACCCCACUGUCUUUUUGUUUUACACAUGGGCAAUCCCAAGAGAUUGCUGUCAAAGACCUUCUGAGGGCAUGAGCACUCAGGAGCGUUCGUCCCUCCCCUUUCAGCUCUUCGGCAUUGAACUUGAAAUGAAAGAAACAACAUGGCUUGGGGGAGGGCAAGAUCUGAUGGGGCCCGGAUAUCUGUACAUGAGUAGCACCCUUUCUUUGGCUGGACUGUACCAGUCAUGAUUUUUCUGCAUCUUUAUUCUGGACUGGUGAUAGAUUGACAUGGGCUACGUGAUAUGGCUGACUAUCAUACUGGACAUAUUGGCUUGUGAGCAGGGCCAGCCCAAAGUAUUAUUGCUGUUCUUUUAUAUGAUGCUUAAAAUUUGGUCUCCAAGGCGGUGCCUCACUUACUUAAAGGAAUAGCCAGUCCUGAUUUUCAGGUAAUUAUACUCUUCAAUGAGGAACAUAAUAUUCAUAUGCAUACACAAACUUCACUCCUCCAUUCGUAUCCUCUUUCCCAAACCCUUAACAGAUCCCCUCCCCCCAAAAAACAGGAGGAGUGGGAGCAAGCAACGGCUCUGACAGUGCAGUCUGCAGGGUCAUGGUGGUGGGGGAGAGUGCCAUCAAGUCAUAGCUAACUUACUGUGACCCCUGCUGGGGUUUUCAUGGCAAGAGACUAACAGAGGUGGUUUGCCGUUGCCUGCCUCUGCAACCCUUGUUUUCCUUGGAGGUCUCCCGUUCGAUUAUUAACCAAGGUUGCCCCUGCUUAGCUUCCAAGAUCUGACAAGAUCUGACGAGAUGGCUGAGGUGGUGGUGGUGGUGGUGGUGAGAAUGAAAACAAAGGGUGAAUAUGAGCUAGCCGUUAUGGAGAGCCAGGAGUGGAGGUUGAACUGUAUGUAUGUUUUGGGAGUGUCACUAUAUGGAGAUUUUGAUAUGCAGUUCUUUUUGCAUCCUAAUGUCUAAAGAAUACAGCAAGAGGAUUGAACCUGCAAGUGCAUAAGUGAUUCUUCUGAUGCUAGUGAUAAAUGUUCUAAAAAUCAGGGCCCUACAACUACUAUUGCAUAUUGUAUGUUUUGAAAUGUAUGGUUUUACAGUUGUCAACUCAUAAAUAUAAACGUCAACCUAUUUUUACUCUUUCUUAAAUCUAACUGUAUGCAAACAGCUUAGCACCGUAGAGAGCAUAGAAAUAUGGAGAAAUAUAUUAAAUGUAUAAAAGAUAACAUUAAAAUGUAAGAGACUAAAACAACAGUUUAGUGUAUUUUAAAGCAUAUCUUUAUGGAAAUAAUCACAGACUUAAAAGCAUAUCUACAGUGAUUCUAGAUGUGUAGUUGCGUUAGUCUGAAGCAGCAAAAUAAAACAAGAGUCCAGCGGCUCCUUAAACGAGUACCAAACUUCAUUCCAGCAGAAGCUCCCGUAAGCCUCAGCUCCAUUGACUCAAUAACUUAUUGUGGAAUAAAUUUUAUUACUGUGUCAUUAAUUUUAUUAAUGUGUCACUGUACUCCUGUGGAAUAAUGAGUGAUUCCGCACAUGUUGGAUAAUGCACUUCCAAUCCUCUUUAUAGAUCAUUUGGAACGGGUUUUUUUGUGUGUGGAACAAAAAAUCACCUCAAACGACUGAUAAAGUGCAUUGAAAGUGCAUUAUCCAACGUGUGCGGAGUGAACCUACAGUGCCAUCCUAAGCAAAGUUACACUCUUCUCUUGAAGUCAGUGAUCUUUGAAUGAUAUAACUCAGCUUAGGAUGGGAUUGUUAACCAGUGACAUUAAACAAAGGUGGCUGUCCAGCAUGUUGCUUGAGCACUUAAAUCAGUAAUGUCAUUUGAAGUUGAUUUCUGCCCUUCCCAGAUCAUGUUAAUAAAGGACCAACCCUGUAUGAAAAUGGAAGAGUCCACUUUGUUUUUUAAAGGAGAUGAAAAUUAAAAGCAUGAAAAUAAUAGCCUGGUAAUCAGUGUUUAUAUGAGAUUUUCUAGGUGAAGAAACCAGUUAAGUAGUUUGUAUGUUAUAUUUCUUUUUUGUUUGCUGUCUUGGGUUUUUCGGCUGAAAAGGAAAUGAAAGAUAUAAAUAUAAUAAAUGAAUGAAUACAA